AUGGCCGUUGGCAGCAGCAAACAAUGUCGGGUCGUAGGCUGUGAUAGGAAGCACGUCUACGACACCAUUGGAGGGGCCAGGGUCUACUCAGCCUACUGUCAGGACCAUACCUGCCAGGCCCCGAGGAACGAGAACACUCCAUUCUGCAUCAACCCGCGAGACUCAUCCAACCGGUAUUGCUCCUUCCACGGAAAAUGCCGUGGCGGCCGAGGCUGCACGGCGCAGGCUUCCCGGUCUGAAAAGGAGCCUUUCCCUUAUAUCUGCCCUCAUCACAGCUCCAGCUGUCAUCAGGCCAAAUACGACAUCCACAACCGGGACUCCAAGUACUGCUCCGCCCACGAGUGCUCCGUCGAGAAGUGUCUUCACGAAGCCAAAACGACAGCUCUACACCGCAACGGCUUCUGCCGAUCCCAUGCUUGCAUCGAGAAAGGGUGCAAGGAGUCUCGUUUAGGCGGCCGGGAUCACAUUCACCAAUGCCUCGCACAUUGGACAAAGGACGUCCGCAAGAACGCUGCUUCCGAGGUGGGACACCGGGCUGACCUCGAACGGUUCCAAUUGGAAGAAGAGAUCCGAGACCUUGAGCGUCGCGAAUAUCUACGCCAAACUGCAGAGCGUGAAGAACGAAAGCGGGCUGAAGAGGAGAUCCGAUACGCCGAACAAGUCAGGCAAGCCAAGGUUGAAUUAGAAAAGAAGAGGCUAGCCGAGCAUCUCGCAAAAGUGGAAGAAGAACGGCGACAACACGAGGCUAAUGAGCGAUUCGAGAAGAAGGUCGCUGCCCGGGUAGCCGCAGAGGAGGCUCGUCGGGACUUCGAGGCACGUGAGGCACAGAGAGCGGAGCGCGAGAAACAGCGCCGAGAAGAAGAAAUCGCCCGCGUGGCCGUUGAACGCGAACGGGCAAGACAGGCCGCAGAGAGGAUUGCCAGAGAAGAUGACGAGGCACGACGAAGAGCUGCAGACGAAAGGUUUGCUGAUGAGCUCAGAAGGGGACUACGUGCUAGGGAGCAACUCGAAGAGGACAGAAGGGCUGAGGAAGAGCAAUUGAGGAGAUUAAGGGAUCGUGGAAGGAGGAGGGAGACUGCGUUCGACCAUAUCUGGAUCGGCGAGAAAAUCUUUCCCACUUCCAUCUGGAUAUAUCGCGAGGUACGUGUAACAGAUGAGCGUCGAAAAAAUGUCUUCAUCCGCAAUCAUAUCAAUGCCCCAAACAUGGUGGGCUCCACGCCCAAGGACAUCGCCGUAAGCUGGGGCCUCGACGAGGUCAAGAUUCCUUUUGGGUUUUCGCAUUUCCCCUACGAGAUUGCCGCGUCACCCAAAAGUUGGGCCGAGUCCACUGGGAAGAUUUCCUUCUUUAGGAACCAUGAUAAGACGAGUACUUAG